AAGAAAUCCUUAUACGGACGCCCACUCCGUCGCUACGCCGUCUAGGGUUUCGUCUUUGCCUCCUUCGUCCGCUUCGAAUCGCCCAUCUUGCCUUGCCCAAGCUCUGGAGCCAUGUAUGAUAAUCUGGGCAAUCAGGCUGGGAUGCAGAGGCCUCCAGUAAAUCCUCAACCAAACCCAUUUGGCAAUGCAUUCUAUGGAGCUGGGUCUGGACUUAUCCGAGGUGGCCUGGGGGCAUAUGGAGAAAAAUUCUUGGGCUCAAGCUCUGAAUUUAUGCAAAGCAAUAUUAGCAAAUAUUUCUCCAAUCCUCAGUAUUAUUUUCAAGUGAAUGACCAGUAUGUGAGGAAUAAGUUGAAAGUGGUCCUAUUUCCAUUCCUGCACAGGGGUCACUGGACCAGGAUAACUGAGCCAGUUGGAGGUAGGCUUUCAUAUAAACCUCCAAUUUAUGAUAUCAAUGCCCCAGAUCUAUACAUCCCUUUCAUGGCCUUUGGUACCUAUAUUAUUCUUGCGGGCUUCUCGUUUGGUCUUAUGGGAAAGUUCAGUCCAGAAGCUUUGAGUUUACAGUUCACGAGGGGAUUGGCUGGGUGGUUUAUGCAGGUUGCCCUCCUGAAAGGUUUGUUAUAUUCAUUAGGUGGUGGGGAGGCGCCGCUUCUUGAUAUUGUGGCGUAUGGUGGGUAUGCUUUCACAGGAUUGUCCUUGGCUAUCCUGGCAAGGAUAUUUUGGAGUUACUCGUAUUAUUUUCUGAUGCCAUGGGUGAGCAUGUGCAUGGGGGUAUUUUUGGUGAAGACCAUGAAGAGGGUUAUCUUCACAGAGAUUAGGAGCUAUGAGAAGCACUCGAGCAGGCAACACUAUCUACUUCUUUUCAUGGCGAUUGCUCAGUUCCCGUUGUUCUUCUGGCUUGGGAAUUUUGGAAUGUGACAUGUUUGUACUGACCUCUUCGUUCAGAUGAUCUGUAAUAAUAAUUCCCUCUCUUUUUCUCUCUCUCGGGCGUGCAUGUCCUGCUAGAUUAUGUGGGUAAUCAUAGUGUACAGUGCCAAGUAGAUGUUGCUAAUGAAAGAUCAGGCUAUGAAUAGCUUGUCUUCUGACCUUUGGAUUAUGCUGUGUGUUGUAUUCUCUAAUAUGUAACUUGUUUUGUAGUUUGUCCAUUGCCUUAAUAGCAUUUUCAAAUUUGGGAAAA